UCUGGUUCCUGCUUUGCAGAAGAAACUGCCAGAUAUUCUACAGGACACAGAGAGAAGCAACUAAGAAACUCUAGGCCUAUAGGCUGAAGAAAGAUGCCCAACAUUUCAGAGGAACUUUGAAUGACUAUACAGGCAAGCAGCUGUCUCUGUCAUUUCCAGAAUUUUUAGAAGUUGCUUAAAAUGGUACUUCCUAUUUACUUAGGUGAUAUUCUCACACCUUGGCUCACAGACCAUCAGAGCUGUCCAGAUAUUAAAGGACCUUUCAUUGCUGGAGCUCCAAAGAAGAUCAGGAGCACCAUUCGCAGACAUAACAAUGCCACUCUUCUGACCCAAGAGCAGUUCCAACUUUUAAGCUCUCUGGAGAAUAUUUACAUCAAUAAUAACAUUCCCUGGAAAUCUUACCUUGAACUGAAGACCUAUCAGAUAAAAGCAGAAGUCCUGCUAAAUCAAGGCCUCACAGAGGAAGCACUUGUGAUGUAUCACAAAUUUUCAACACUCUUUAUGGAGAAACUCAGAAAAGGCCCGAAUAAGUGUCUUUCAGCUCGAAUAAGAUCCAAAAUCAACAAGACUAUAAAUAACAUUUUUGAAAAAUUUGAGAGCCUUAAAUUCACACUCCGAAGAAAUCAUACUAAGGAGUAUGAAGGCUACCUAGAUAAGAUGAAAAGAAAAGAGGAAGAGGCAAAAAACAAGGCGUUCCGGAAGCAUAGAAAAUAUCAUGGACAAAACUCCCGAGACGUCCCCAAAUUCAGCUCUCUUCUACAAAGACUUAUGAGUCGUGGAAAGGUGGGCCCCAGCCUGACACCAACAUCUACAAAGUCUGAAGAGCCUUCAGGAGGAAGCACACCUGUGAAACAAACAGUGGUGUGUGGCCCACAGGAAGCCAUCGAGGAGAUAACCCCCACCCCUUCAGCAGACACUCCUGGGGAGACUAAGGUGGUGAAAAGCCCAGUUCCGAAUUCCAAAGGCCUCCGCCCUGUGAUCCUUCCAAAAGACUUAUGGGAUAGGUUCCUGCUUUCUGCGAAGAACAACACAAAAAAAGGAGUGGAAACAUGCGGAGUCUUAUGUGGUACCCUGGAAAAGGAAGAAUACCACAUCAGUCAUGUUAUAAUCCCUGUGCAGAAGGGAACGUCUAAUUACUGUUGUAUGGAGAACGAGGAGGAACUCCUUUUUGUUCAAGAAGAGCUGGGGCUUCUCACCUUAGGUUGGAUUCAUACCCAUCCAACCCAGACAGCCUUCUUGUCGAGUGUGGAUUUACACACUCAUUUUUGCUACCAGAAGAUGCUCCCAGAAUCCAUUGCAGUGGUGUGUGCACCCAAAUAUAAACAAGUUGGAAUUUUUACUUUAACAUCUUAUGGAUUAAAAGAAAUAGCAUUCUGUCCCCAGAGAGGAUUUCAUUCUCAUAAUCAGGACUCAGCUCUCUUCUGUGACUGCAGUCACGUCACCAUCCAAAACAGCCUGCUGACUGUCACAGAUUUGCGAUGAGUUAGAUCCCACACACCUACAUCAGUGGGAGCGUGUGUGUGUGUGUGUGUGUGUGUGUGUGUGUGUGUGUGUGUGUGUAUUGUGCAUGUGUAUUUUGUGUAUAUGUGAGUGAAUGUAGGAUGGUGUAUGUGUAUAUGUAUAUGUGUUCAACCUAUGUUGUGUAUGUUACAUCUGUUUCAUGUAUGUUACAUCUUUGUCAUUUAUGUUCACUGGUGUGUAUGAAUGGCACACUGUACUCAUUCACAGAGCCCAGAGGAAGACACUGAUGUGUGCUCUAUUAAUGAAUUAGAAUAGUAUAUCAGUCAUUCAUAAUGACUAGAAAUUGAUUUUAUUAUAUAGUUUACUUGUUAUUAGUUUUAGAUGAUAUUUUCUGGCCAGGAUCCAGUAUAGGAAUAAGGGCCCAAUGCACGCACUUGCUGGCUUGCCUCACCUGCCACAGGGAGCCUAGAGGACAGGUUGUAAUACCAAUGCUCACUAACCAACUGAAGAAAAAUGAAGGUCUCUGUGGUGGUAUUUUACUUGUACUGAAAUGUGAUUUUAAUUGUAUGUUAAUAAAUAAAGUUGCCUGGGGGUCAGAGUUUUAGAGCCAUAGCAAGUGCGUGGCGGUGGUGGCGUACUCCUUUAAGGACCUGGAGGGUGGUACAUACAGGCAGUGACAAGGCAGUCACGUGUUUAGUUUACAACCAAUGAGAAGGCAGAACAUCUAGACUGUUUAAAGACAUACACACAGGAAGUAGGCUCCUUUUUUUGGAGAGCUCUCUUGGCUGAAGCAGGAUAGCUGAAGCAGGAAGGGUAAGGCUCUUAGUUCUGACCUCUUGGCUUUCUUCUCUGAA